GCGGGCACGCCCAUCAUACCUGCCUGGUGGCCGGACCGUCCCUCAGCCACUUGCCCUGCAGCCUGGCCAGUGCGAGGAAGGAGGAGAGAAUGAGAGGUUCCCAUACCAUGAAGACCUUGGCUCUGGUCCUGCUGGUGGCUCUGCUGUGCACAGAGACAGCUCAGGGUCUGAAGUGCUACCAGUGCAUAGCGGCCUCGAACAUGAACUCUUGCCACCCAGCCGUGUGCUCCUUCCCGGAUGGUGUCUGUGUCUCCCAGGAAGUGACCACCAUUGUGGAGUCUGAGAAAGUGAGUCUGGAGAACAAGUUCUGCCUCCCCUCCUGCCCCGACAGAAUCGAUAUUCAGGACGCGCACACCCUGGGCCUCGUGGUCAGCUCCAAGACCUCCUGUUGCAAGGGGGACCUCUGUAAUGCGGGGGUCCUGGCAGUGGGCAGUGCCUGGGUCCUGUCCGGGGGCCUCCUGCUCAGCCUGGGGUUGGUCCUCCUCUGCCCCGGACUCUAAUAGCCUUUCCCAUCCUCUCUUCCCCACGGGCCUCUCUUCUGUCACACCACGUAACUGGCUCCUCAGUUUUGGGCCACUGUAGCCCUGACUUACAGGAAUUCUGGUGUGGUUUUCAGCCCUGAGUUUAGAGGAAGGAGGUCGUUGGGGCAGAGGCGGGAGCUUCCUUGUCCAGAGACCUGGCAGCAGCUGAAUCCCUGGUGGGCAGACUUAGAAGCCCUGCUUGGACUCGCCCCCUUCUCUGGGCCCAGGGCCUUCAAACCCACUCUCCCUGUGAUGCCUGCUUCCUUUAAACCGGCUGGCCUCACAGCCAGGGCCCCGUCUCUUGCUGUUCUGGACUUUGUGAGAUCAUAGGAAGACCACAAGGCAGGGGCAGGCGCAGCCUCCAGCCUGCUCUUCUGUUAACCCACUGAAGGGCCAGGGCCACCUCUGUCCAAGCAAGAAGCCCUGCAGGCCUCCCAUGCAUGGUGUGGCCACCCCUUGCUCUCAGGGUCAAUAAAUAUGCCUCUGCUCACUCAGCA